ACUUGUCUUUCUCUUUGCUCCUCAGCCUCAUGUUCUUCUUCCUCCUCUCCUCCUCCUUGUAGCUUCCAUCCCACUCCCACCGCCCCGCUCCCCCAAUUUCACCCCUGCCGCCCGCUUAAAAAUCCGAUUUUGGGGAGGUUUGUGCUCUCAGAUCGGGGAGGUGUUUGUUCCCCCAUUUCGUUCUUGCUGCGGCGGGGGCUGUGCUGAAGCGGAAAGUUGGGAUUUUUUUUUUUGCCCCCUUGGGAUCUGCUUGGAUGAGCUGCUUCCUGUGCUUCGGAUCGGCCCAGGACGGGGAGGCCAAGAAGCCCGUCGCCGACGCCAAGGACCCGCGCAAGGACGGCUCCGCGGAUCGCGGGGUGUCCAGGGUCGGAUCAGAUAAAUCAAGAUCACAUGGUGGAUUAGAUUCCAAGAAGGAUGUAGUCAUCCAUAGAGAGGGGAACAACCAAAAUAUUGCGGCACAGACAUUCACUUUUCGUGAGCUUGCUGCUGCCACUAAGAACUUCAGACAAGAUUGCCUAUUGGGCGAGGGAGGUUUUGGCCGUGUAUAUAAAGGACGCCUGGAGACUGGGCAGGCUGUUGCUGUGAAGCAACUUGAUCGCAAUGGACUUCAAGGAAAUAGAGAAUUUCUGGUUGAGGUUCUCAUGCUCAGUCUUCUACAUCAUACUAACCUGGUCAAUUUAAUUGGCUAUUGUGCUGAUGGAGACCAACGCCUUCUUGUUUAUGAAUUUAUGCCGUUGGGAUCACUGGAAGACCAUUUGCAUGAUUUGCCACCUGAUAAGGAACCUCUUGACUGGAACACACGGAUGAAGAUAGCUGCAGGUGCGGCUAAGGGCUUAGAAUACCUACAUGACAAAGCAAGCCCACCGGUUAUUUAUCGGGAUUUCAAAUCAUCAAACAUUCUUCUUGGUGAAGGAUUUCAUCCCAAGCUGUCUGAUUUUGGUCUUGCAAAACUUGGUCCAGUUGGUGACAAGACCCAUGUUUCAACACGUGUAAUGGGAACUUAUGGCUACUGUGCCCCAGAAUAUGCAAUGACUGGGCAGCUCACAGUGAAAUCUGAUGUCUAUAGCUUCGGUGUCGUUUUCCUUGAACUGAUUACAGGACGCAAAGCAAUUGACAACACAAAGCCCCAGGGGGAGCAAAACCUAGUGGCAUGGGCUCGUCCACUGUUCAAGGACCGCAGGAAGUUUCCUAAAAUGGCUGAUCCAAUGCUCCAAGGUCGCUUCCCUAUGAGGGGCCUAUAUCAAGCUUUAGCUGUUGCUGCCAUGUGUUUACAAGAGCAAGCCACCACUCGCCCGCAUAUAGGAGAUGUGGUCACUGCACUCUCAUAUCUAGCUUCUCAGACAUACGAUCCCAAUGCCCCUGUUCAACAUAGCAGAAGCAAUUCAUCAACUCCUAGGGCCAGAAAUCUAGCUGGGUGGAAUGAUGAUCGCCGCAGCGUGCGCUCGCCAAAUCAUCAUUCUCCAGAUUUGAGGAGGGAAGCUGCCAGGUCAUCCAGAGCAGAGGUUAGCAGGACUAGUUCUACUGGUGAUUCUGGCCGGAGAUCAGGAUUGGAUGAUUUAGACAUGACAGGGUCACAGAUGGGUAGUCCAGCUCAAACAGGAAGAAAAAGAGAAACCUCAAGAACCGCUGACAGACAGCGUGCUAUUGCAGAAGCCAAAAUGUGGGGGGAGAAUUCAAGAGAACGGAAGCAGCCAAAUGGUCAUGGCAGCUUUGAUAGUACAAAUGAGUAAAUCGGACGGUUUAGUUUCAGAAAUCAGUCUACGGAGGAUGAGUUUGCUCAUCAGCAUGAAACGGAUCCAAUCAAGUAACGUUGCAUUGGUUCCACUCGGUUCGUUGUCUGUGAAUAAAACCCACCUUGUUCUUCCCUGGCCAUCAGUGCCACUCCAUGGUCACUAUGUCAUCGCUAUUUGACAUGUCUUAGAUCUCCUGGCGUCCAUUCCUUAUGAAUGUGAUUGUUUCAUGCGUCUUUAGAGUUCGGCUCCGUUCAGGAGCAGAUAAGAUUCAAGCUGGAAAGGUAGACAACAGAAGAGAGGAGCUUCUUUAUUAGAGUCACACCUGAUGAAUACCUUUUUCUCGGCUACCUGAUUGCCAUGCUCAGCAGCACCUGUGUUACGAUUGUACAACUUUGUCAGGUUUGGCUACCUGAAGACUUGAAGUUUCUCCCGAUGAGAAUGAUGAGAAUUCAGGUUUGGAGAUAGGACACGUUACCGUGUUUCGUACAGUUUUCUUUUUCUUUUUCUUUUUCUUUUCUUUUGAGUUGCCCGAGCACUUAUUUAUUUGUAUUAGCUUACUGUACCUCUCAUGUACCUUAGCGUGAACGUUUGUUCGUCAUUCAGCAAGAGGUUUUUAUCUGUAUCAAGUUAUUUCAGAGCCCGUGUGUUGUACACGUAUAUUUUGCAGUAGU